AAAAGCAUAUUCUAUGCUUCAAAUGUCAAAUAAUGAAUGUAAUGCCCGAGAUAAUUGAAGUGCAAUAGUUGAAAUUAUAUAUGAUUUUGAAAAUGUUUAUUGAUUAAAGUAGAUUAUUAUUUAGCUUAAGACUAUUUUCGUGUAUAUUUUGUGAGCAAAAGCAGUGAGAGUAUUUAAAAAUGUCAGACGAAAUAAUUAUGUCUAUGAACAAUCAGGCAAUUAAAAUUGAACCACCAGAAUACUCAGUAGAAGAAAUUAAAUAUGAAAUUGAGGAUGAUUUUGAUAAUGCUGAUGCUAUUGUUAAAUCUGAAUCUAAGAAUGAUGAAACAUGUUUAGAAAGAUUCAUGAAUUCCGAAGUGACCAAAGAAGAAGAAGUCAAACAGGAAUUAAUCGAGACAUCAGCUUAUGAAUGUGACAUUUGUUAUCAAUCAUUUGCAGAAUCACAUCAUUUAAAAGAGCAUAUGGUCGAUCACUUGCCUAGUAAUAGAACAGAAACCCCUUUCAAAUGUGAAAUCUGUAAUAAGACUUUCAAACUAAAAAAAGGGUUGAAAAUACACAUGAAUACGCAUUCUGCAGAACGUUCUUUUUAUUGUAAAUUUUGCAAUGAGUCAUUCAAAGAAUCGGUUGCUUUGAAAAAACACUAUUUGGUUCACAGCGGUGAACGGGCCUAUGAAUGCAAUAUAUGCAAUAAGAAAUUUAUAGAAACGGGUACUUUGAAACGUCACAUGCUGAUUCACAGUGAAGUGCGUCCCCAUCAAUGCAGUAUAUGCGAUAAAAAAUUUACAGAAUUAGGUAGUCUUAAACGUCACAUGCUGAUUCACAGUGGAGCACGCCCUCAUCAAUGCAGUAUAUGCAAUAAGACAUUUACACAAAUAAGUCAUCUGCAAAGUCACAUGCUCUUUCACAGUGGUGAGCAACCCCAUCAAUGCAGUAUAUGUAAUAAGACAUUUACACAAAUAAGUCAUCUGCAAAGUCACAUGCUUGAUCACAGAGGUGAGCGUACCCAUGAAUGCAAUAUAUGCAAUAAGACAUUCACAGAAUUAAGUAAUCUGAAACGUCACAUGCUCAUUCACAAUGGAGUACGUCGUCAUGAAUGCACUAUAUGCAAUAAGACAUUUACACAAAUAAGUCAUCUGAAAAGUCAUAUGCUCUUUCACAGUGGUGAGCGAACCUAUGAAUGCAGUAUAUGCGAUAAGAAAUUCACACACUUAGGUAAUCUGAAACGUCACAUGCUCAUUCACAAAGGAGAACGUCGCCAUGAAUGCAGUAUAUGCAAUAAGAAGUUUACAGAAUCACGUAGUGUGAAACGUCACAUGCUGAUUCACAAUAGAGUACGUCCUCUUGACUGCAACAUUUGUGAUCAGACAUUCACACAAUUAGUUGAUCUGGAAAGACACAUGCUGAUUCACAGUGGUGAGCGUAGUCAUGAAUGCAAUAUAUGCAAUAAGAAAUUCACACAAUUAGGUAAUCUGAAAAAUCACAUGCUCAUUCACAAUGGAGUACGUCCCUAUGAAUGCAGUAUAUGCAGUAAGAAGUUUACAGAAAAAGGUAGUCUGAAAUGUCACAUGCUGAUUCACAGUGGUGAACGCCCUCAUCAAUGCAGUAUAUGCAAUAAGACAUUCACAAUGUUAGGUAAUAUGAAAAGACACAUGGCACUUCAUAGUCGGAAGCUAGAUGAAAAGGAAUGAAAAAUUAUCCUAUUUGUUAAAUGGAAUUCAAAUAUGUGGAACAUGAGGGUUAUUUAAAAAGUAACUUUCUCAAUUUGCUUUUGAGUGCACAACAUGGUUUAUUAAUAUAUUAUCAUACAUCAUUUGAAAGUUCAAUUUUUAUUCUAUUUUUCAACAUAAUCGCUUUCUCUGUCAAUACAUUUUUUGAUUCUCUUAAUCCAGUUUUGUUAGCUCGCCGCGAAGGGUUCACCUUUUUCCAAACUUAAAGAAACGCUUUCAAGCGACUGACAGUGAAGCCCGUUACGUCGAGCUACCAAAACUGGAUUAGGAUGAUCAUAAAACAGAGAAAGUAGUUAUGUUGAAGAAUAGCAAAAAAGUCGCCA